CUUAGUGUUAGUACCAGGAAUAUUAUUAUUAGUAAAGCAGUGAAAGCCUCCCGAUGAUUGUGUCAGCGGGGAGCUGAGCGCGCAGAGGGGGCGGGACUCCACAGCAUCUCUCCGCGCGGCGCACAUUCGGACGUGUUUGUCGCGAGUGUCUCCUCGAUCCAUCUGCCUGCGCGCGUCUGGAACAGGAAGCCCAUGGAGGGAUGUCGCGAUGCUGUGUACAAGGAGAACUAAAACUUUGGUGUCGACAUGUGUCAUCCUCAGCGGCAUGACCAACAUCGUGUGUCUCCUGUACGUCGGCUGGAUCACCAACUAUGUCGCGAACAGGGGAGCCAAAGUUCCUGAGAGCCGGGGGGCUGGCAGGAAGUUGGAGGAGGACAGUAAGGGGGAAACCCUGAGGAUCAUGGAGAGGCUGGACCGGCUGGAGAGCGUGGUCAACGAGCACAUCAAAGAGACCCCUCAGAAGGACGGUGAAGACGCUGUCUCCUCAGCAGACUCCUCCAGAGACUCUUCCUCGCUGUUCGGACACUGGGGUCAUGACCUCGGCCCCGAGAGUCGAAGGGUUGCCCUCAGGAAGUUUCGUUACUAUGGCUACAACGGCUACCUGAGUGACCGCAUCUCCCUCACCAGGUCCAUCCCGGAUCUACGACCGGACGGGUGCAGGAACAUGUCUUAUUCAUCAGAUCUACCUCAGCUCAGUGUCAUCUUUAUUUUUGUUAACGAGGCCUUGUCCGUGCUGCUGCGCUCCAUCCACACAGCCAUCCAGAGGACUCCGCCCCACCUGCUCAGAGAGAUCAUACUGGUGGACGACCACAGUGACAGCCCGGAGCUGAAAGAUCACCUGCAGAGCUUUGUGGAGGAGACGAACGCUCAGCACGGCCUCGGUUUCAUUAAGGUGGUCCGACAUGACAAGCAGGAAGGGCUGAUCAGAUCCAGAGUCAGCGGCUGGAGGGCGGCCUCUGCUCCUGUAGUCGCUCUGUUCGAUGCUCAUGUGGAGUUCAACACUGGAUGGGCAGAACCCAUCCUGCAGAGAAUAAAGGAGGACCGGACCCGGGUGGUGUCUCCAUCUUUCGACAACAUCAAGUACGACACAUUUGAGAUCGAGGAAUACCCGCUGUCUGCUCAGGGCUUCGACUGGGAGCUGUGGUGUCGAUACCUCAACCCACCAAAGUCCUGGUGGACACAACGGAACCACACUGCCCCGAUCAGGAGCCCGGCUCUGAUUGGCUGCUUUGUGGUCGACAGGAAGUACUUUGAGGAGAUUGGCCUGUUAGAUGAAGGCAUGGAAAUUUACGGAGGAGAAAACGUGGAACUGGGCAUCAGGGUAUGGCAGUGUGGCGGCAGUGUGGAGGUUCUACCGUGUUCGAGGAUAGCCCACAUCGAGCGCGCCCACAAACCCUACACAGAGAACCUGACGGUACAUGUGCGGCGUAACGCUCUGAGAGUGGCGGAGGUGUGGAUGGACCAGUACAAGAGCCAUGUCUACAUGGCCUGGAAUGUCCCCCUACAGAAUUCAGGAAUAGACAUUGGCGACCUCUCUGAAAGGAAAGCCCUGAGAUCCAGACUGCAGUGCCGCCCCUUCAGCUGGUUCCUCUCCAACAUCUACCCUGAGCUCCGCUCCUACAGCAACACUGUGGCCUACGGAGUGUUGAAGAACAACCUGAGAGACGACCUGUGUUUGGACCAGGGACCGGACACUGACAAUGUCCCCAUCAUGUACCUCUGUCAUGGUAUGACACCACAGCAGAAUGUGUACUACAGCAGCUCCCAGCAGCUCCACCUCGGGGUGCUGAGCCCCACAAUCGAUGAUGAUGACAACAAGUGUCUGGUGGAUGUGAACAGCAGGCCCCGGCUGCUGGAGUGCAGCUACGCAGGAACCAAACACAUGAAGCUCACCUGGACCUUCACGCAGGGCGGAUCCAUCCAGAACAUGGAGUCUCUGCGCUGUCUGGAGCUGGUGGAGAGCUCCCAAUCGGAGUUCAGCUUCCAGCUAGUCAUUCAGGACUGCACCGAUCAGAAAUGGACCAUCACUAACAUACUGACGGUCCUGCCUCAGUGAACAUCCUGUUCCCCGCCAGCCACUGGAGCGCCUUCUUUGUGAUGGACUCCCUGCUGAACCCAGAGCCACGACCCAAUGUCAAAGAGUUCUGCUGCAUGUAUUCCAGUUAGAAAGGGACUAACAUGUUCACUAAAGCAGCAAACUACAUGAUCCAAAAGAAUUGCUUUGAUAACAGACUGAUUUUUAACAAGAGUCUGUAUAGAGGAACAU